AUGGCCGACAAGGACGAGAAAACCAACAUCACGGCACCCGACCCACUAGCCGCUGCCGUUGAGCCCAUUCCACCCAAGGAACCUGAAGAGGAUGCCGCCUUCGUCAUCGACAUCGACAGGACCGACGAGAAGAAUGAGGAUUCCGAUGUUGAUGAGAAAAGGGGAAGGCCGGAGUUGAAGUCGACCAAAAGCCAUGCCACCGACACCAGUGUCGCCACAACAACAGCAAAUCGUCAACCACAGAGCAAACCAUGGUACAAGACACCGAAUCCACUGAGAUGGGGGGGCAUUCCCCCAGUACCCGAAGAGAGGAUCGUCUCAAGAGAACAUAAAGCUGGGUUCUUCAGCCAGCUAACCUUCCAAUGGAUGGCGCCUCUCAUGAGUACUGGGUACAAGCGACAGCUUGAACCCAACGACAUCUGGGAAGUCAACCCAGACAGAGCCGCCGAUGUCAUGACUGCAAAGAUGAAAGCUUCCUUCCAAAAACGCGUCGACAGAGGAGACAAACACCCUCUUCUCUGGGCUUUGCAUGAGACAUAUUAUUUCGAGUUCUGGCUCGGAGGUUUUCUCCAGCUCAUGUCUACCAUUUUUCAGGUCAUGUCUCCCUUCACGCUUCGUUAUCUCAUCCAGUUCGCCAACGAUGCUUGGGAUGCUUCCCAGCAGGGACAACCACCACCCGCCAUUGGCAAAGGUGUUGGCCUGGUUCUUGGAGUUACCUUCAUGCAGAUUUUCCAAAGUUUGGGGACCAACCAUUUCAUCUAUCGCGGCAUGAUGAUCGGUGGCCAGUCGAGAGGCGUUCUUAUCAGUAUGAUCUUCGAAAAGUCCAUGUCACUUUCUGGUCGUGCUAAGGCCGGCGGUCUCAAGGAUGCGACCAAGGGCCCACAAGCAGAUGAGAAGGGGAAGAAGACGAAGGAAAAGAAGGGCAAGAAGGGAGAUGCCAAGGGCCCUGGAAUCUCUGGAGACGGCACUGGCUGGGGCAACGGACGAAUUGUCAACCUGAUGAGCGUUGACACAUAUCGCAUCGACCAAGCCUGCGCCCUGUUCCACCUCACCUGGACAGGGCCCAUUUCCUGCGUUAUCACACUUGUCGUCCUACUCAUCAACCUGAGCUACAGCGCGCUCGCUGGAUUUGCGCUUCUCGUUGCUGGAAUCCCGCUGCUAACAAGAGCCAUCAGAAGCUUGUUCAAGCGAAGGAAAGCUAUCAACAAGGUUACCGAUCAGCGAGUCGGCUUGACGCAGGAAAUUCUGCAGUCCGUUCGCUUUGUGAAGUACUUUGGAUGGGAGAGCGCCUUCCUUGAACGUCUCAAGGAGAUUCGAAAUCGCGAAAUUCACGCCAUCCAGAUCCUGUUGGCUAUUCGAAACGGCAUCAACGCUGUCAGUCUGUCAUUGCCGAUCUUUGCGUCUAUGCUCUCCUUCAUCACAUACGCAAAGACCAAUAACGCACUCAACCCGGCCGAAAUCUUUUCAUCUCUCGCCCUGUUCAACGGUCUCCGUCUGCCGCUCAACUUGCUUCCGCUGGUCCUUGGCCAGGUGGUUGACGCUUGGUCAUCGUUGAAACGUAUCCAGGAGUUCAUGCUCGCCGAGGAACAGGAGGAGGAUGUGGUCUACAAACCAGACGGCGACAAUGCGCUGGAGAUGCACCACAGCAGCUUUACCUGGGAACGAACCCCGACGCAAGAAUCGGAGAAGACGGUGGCCGGCAGGGCGGGCAAGAAGGGACCUGCGCAAUCCGUACCGCCCAAGGAUGCUUCGAAAACAGAGCCCGCAACCUCGUCAGGCGACAGCACCGGAGACGGCGCGAGUACCCUCGUCGAAGAAGAGCGGGAACCCUUCAAAUUGCAAGACCUCAGCUUUGAGAUCAAGAGAGACGAGCUCGUGGCGGUCAUUGGCUCUGUCGGAAGCGGUAAGACCUCGCUGCUCGCUGCGCUGGCAGGCGAUAUGAGGAAAACUUCGGGUGAAGUUGUCCUUGGAGCUUCUCGAGCGUUCUGCCCCCAAUACGCAUGGAUUCAAAAUGCCACGGUACGAGACAACAUUCUUUUCGGCAAAGACAUGGACAAGGCCUGGUACCAGGAAGUAAUCAAUGCCUGUGCGCUUCGGCCCGAUCUCGCCAUGCUACCCAACGGCGACCUGACUGAAAUCGGUGAAAGGGGCAUCACCAUCUCCGGCGGUCAGAAACAACGUCUCAACAUCGCUCGAGCCAUCUACUUCGACUCCGAUAUCGUGCUCAUGGACGACCCAUUGAGCGCCGUCGACGCCCACGUUGGACGCCACAUCUUCGACAACGCCAUCCUCGGUCUCCUGAAGGGCAAAUGCAGAAUUCUUGCAACUCACCAGCUUUGGGUUCUCAACCGGUGCGACAGGGUCAUCUGGAUGGAAGGUGGCAAGAUCCAAGCCAUUGACACUUUUGACAACCUGAUGAGAGAGCACAAGGGCUUCCAGCAAUUGUUGGAGACGACCGCCGUGGAAGAAAAGAAGGAUGAUACUCCCCCGACCAACUUGAACGAGGCACCCGAGGGGGAUAAGAAGAAGAACAAGAAGGGCGCCGCCCUCAUGCAACAAGAGGAGAGAGCCGUAGCCAGUGUUGGUUGGAACGUGUACAGCGACUACAUCCGCGCUUCCGGCAGCAUUCUCAACGCGCCAUUCCUCAUCUUUUUGCUUCUCCUUUCCCAGGGAGCCAAUCUGAUGACGAGUCUAUGGUUGUCGUACUGGACGAGCAGGAAGUACCCUCUAUCGGACGCCCAGUACAUCGGUGUAUACGCCGGUCUCGGUGCUCUCCAGGCGCUGCUCAUGUUUGUCUUCUCCUUGCUCUUGUCGAUUCUGGGUACCAAAUCCAGUAAGGUGAUGCUGCGUCAGGCUGUGACUCGGGUCCUCCGCGCGCCGAUGUCUUUCUUCGACACCACCCCGCUUGGCCGUAUUACCAACCGAUUUUCGAGAGACGUCGAUGUGAUGGACAACAACCUAACGGACGCCAUGAGGAUGUACUUCUUCACCCUGGCCAUGAUCAUCUCCGUCUUUGCUCUCAUUAUCGCCUUCUUCCAUUACUUCGCCAUCGCACUCGGACCGCUACUCGUCUUCUUCAUCCUCGCCUCCUCAUACUACCGCGCGUCAGCUCGCGAGGUCAAGCGUUUUGAGUCAGUGCUCCGGUCAACCGUGUUCGCCAAGUUCGGCGAGGGCUUGAGUGGUGUCGCUAGCAUUCGAGCCUAUGACCUCAAGUCACACUUCAUCGCCGACCUUCGUAAAUCCAUUGACGAGAUGAACGCCGCGUAUUAUCUGACCUUCUCAAAUCAGCGUUGGCUUUCGGUGCGCCUCGAUCUCAUUGGCAACCUCCUGGUCUUCACUACCGGCAUCCUCGUUGUGACGUCCAGGUUCAGCGUGCCGCCUAGCAUUGGCGGUUUGGUCCUCAGUUACAUCCUGGGUAUCGUGCAGAUGAUCCAGUUCACAGUGCGCCAGCUUGCCGAGGUCGAGAACGGCAUGAACGCGGUGGAACGCAUCCAGUACUACGGCACCCAGCUCGAGGAGGAGGCACCGUUACACACGAUCGAGGUACGCCCGUCCUGGCCGGAGAAGGGCGAGAUCAUCUUCGACAACGUCGAGAUGCGCUACCGCGCCAACCUCCCUCUCGUCUUGUCGGGUCUCUCGAUCCACGUCCGCGGCGGUGAACGUAUAGGCAUCGUGGGCCGCACGGGUGCCGGCAAGUCGUCCAUCAUGUCGACGCUGUUCCGCCUCGUCGAGCUCUCGGGCGGCCACAUCACAAUCGACGGCGUCGACAUCUCCACCAUCGGCCUCCACGACCUCCGCUCCCGCCUCGCCAUCAUCCCCCAGGACCCCACCCUCUUCCGCGGCACCGUCCGCUCCAACCUCGACCCCUUCAAUGAGCACACCGACCUCGAGCUUUGGUCCGCCCUUCGUCAGGCCGAUCUCGUCCCCUCCGACGCCCAGCUCUCGGACCCCCGCACCAAGGACUCCUCCGGCAUCCACCUCGACUCCGUCGUCGAGGAGGAUGGCCUCAACUUUUCCCUCGGCCAGCGCCAGCUCAUGGCCCUCGCCCGCGCCCUCGUCCGCGGCAGCCGCAUCAUCGUCUGCGACGAGGCCACCUCCUCCGUCGACAUGGAGACGGACGACAAGAUCCAGAACACCAUCGCCACCGGCUUCCGCGGCAGGACUCUCCUCUGCAUCGCCCAUCGCCUGCGCACCAUCAUCGGCUACGACCGCAUCUGCGUCAUGGACGCCGGCCGCAUCGCAGAGCUCGACACCCCGCUUGCUCUGUGGCAGCGCGAGGGCGGCAUCUUCAGGGGCAUGUGCGACCGCAGCGGCAUCCGCCUCGAGGACAUCCGCGGCGCGAGCGAGGAGAUGGGCUUGAAGGACCAGGUCGGCGAGUCUAGCCGGCAAGCCUAA